AUGAAAAUUUUCAGAAAGAGUUGUGCGACAACGCAGUCGUAUGAAACAGAACGUUCACAUGAAGAUGAUAACAUUGAAGAAGAUGAAGAAUUACACCCAUUAUUCAAAAACCUCGUACAAAACACGCCAGAAGCAGGCAGGAAAUGUGUAUCACACCAAUGUGACUUGGAAAUGAAAACUGAUUACGAUAAUUCAAACAGCAUUAAUUAUGGAUUUGAAAAACGAUUAUCAACUGCUAAAUUCACGAAACUACACUUGGCUAUUGUAUUAGUAAUGUACAAAAAAAAAGACACAAAAUGUUGUAGUAAUAAUGAAUGUCGUCAUCAUACUCGUUAUCGUAAACCAGUGUCUCAACGGUUCAUAGAAUUUGAUAUUGAACAACAAAUACGUACAAUCUUACUGCGUGAACGUGAAGUGACAUUUCCAACAUUAAAAUUGACGGAUCCCGAUCG